AUGUUUCCGGCGUUCUGCCUGGAAGUCUCGGAGAAGCGCUGGAAGCGACAAGGCGUGGAUGGAGUGAUUGAGGUUCAGGUCUCUAACUUUGAGUGGUGUCGUCGCAGAGCUGCCGCCCUUAAACCGUUUGAUGCGGAGCCCCAAGCCCUGACACUUGAAGCGACACAGACCAAUGACUGCAACACGGUGACCUCGAGCAUGAAGCCGCGACCCGCGGGAAAGACUAGAGUCAUAAAGCCCGUUGUUGCCGAUGCCCCUCGAUCUUCACCGUACCGGGCGGGUGGCCGAUCGUUACCGACGCCUAUGCCUACGACUUCUCGGAAGCACUUCGGUGGGCUUCUGCUUUGGUUGCUGCAGCGGCCCUCUCUUCGUUAUGUCCCGCUACCCUACGGCAGCGUGCGGUCCCCUGCGCAGUGGAAGGAGCAGGCCGAAAGCAUGGUGAAGAACGGUGCCUUACCCAGGCGGCACUACAGGCGGGCGCUCCUGGACAACCUUUUCGACAACCUGGAGCUGCUGAAGGAUGGAGCUUAUCUACGCGACCGCUUGGGACUUCGCUUAGCUUUCUUGGAGGACCCCAUGCUGGACGGGAUGAUGGCGGCAAAGGCGACCCGUGGCACAAGGGCCGCCAUACAAAACCAGCUGGUGGACAAGCUGAAGCGCGAGGCAGCCGAGAAGCACGAAAAGGGAGAAGCCUUGAAGGCAGCCAGACGGCUGUUGGGACCUCGUGGCGGGCUUCCUACCCUCAAGGGCGACCUCCUUCGGUUGGCUGUGCUCUUAAAUGUGGAGGUCGGCUCGACCGAGACCGUCGACAAGAUCAAGCAGCGACUGCGGCCCAUGGUAAACGCACUCCGGGGGACACCGGCGGAGGAAACCACGACCUCGGCGACAGCCUCCUCGUCGGCCCCCGCGGCAAGGACCGACCCUCUACCUGCACCACCGGGAGACCGACGACAGGACGAUCAAGGACAACCUCCACUACUAACGGCCGGGCCGAUGCCGGCUGCCGACCUCGACCGCAACACGGUGCUUCGCGAGGUGGAGGCGAUGAUGGAGCAGCGGGACAACCGGAUGCAGGCCAUGCUGGCUCAAACGAUGCAGCAUAUGAUGGCACUGGCCAACCAAGGGGUGCACCGCCAUGGGGACGAAGCCCUGUCGCCGGACAGCAACAUGGGCUUCACGGCGGUCGACCUAGAGACAGCCUGGGGCAAGUACAGCCGCGACCGUAAGCUGCUGAACGCCACGGCCCAGGACGUUUGCGAAGCCUUUGAGACCGUGGCUGCCCAGGACUACGACGCUGCCCUGACCGAGCCGUUCAUUGGUUUGGGUGGCAAUUGGCCCUACCCUUCGCGACCGUCGCUUGGGCACACUCUGGUGGCAGCUGCUCGCCAUCGCGGGCAUCAGGUGACAACGGCCUCGCUGGACAGCCCCGCCAGGCGACCUUUCUUCAUGUGUUUUCGUUUGGCUGGGCCCUCGCCGCUUCUGAACUUCUCCGGCAAGCAGGCCAGACUCGACGCUGAAAAGAAAAAUUUAGAGUCCGAGGCGGCAGUGCUACAAGCGGCCAUGGCACAGCGGCGGUCUGGCCGGCAUUUUUUGAUCGAGUUCGGCCGUGGCGCUCGCCCCGACCGGACCCCUGAGGGCAAGGAGCUCCUUGAGGAGCUUGGCGAGGCCGACUUCGUGAUGAACGGCCGGCGCUAUGUGACUUCUAGCCCCUCCUUUGUGACGGCGCUUCGUGCAGGCAAGGAUGCAGCUCUUGAGGACCUGGCGGCCUUGACCUUGCAGGGCAUAGAGAAACAAUUCGAUGAGGACCACCAGGCCGGGAAUGUGCAUGAGGGCUUGGCGGCAGAGACGUUUGAUGGUGACGGCUCCCUCCUUGACUUUGAGGAGGACGAGUCGGAUGUGGAUGAGCCGGGCCUGGCCACGGAGGAGGAACGGACCGUGAAGGCAAUUCCGGUGGCGGUGCGCCAAGCCGUUCGAAGGCUACAUGAGAACACGGGCCACCGAAGCCCAUUGAGGUUGGCCCGGGCUCUGGUGAUUGCAGGUGCCCCUCCGGAAGCGAUUCUCGCAGCCAAGCAGCUGAAAUGCUCACUAUGUGACGAGCGCCGCCCUCCUAAGGUGCAGCGGCCAGCUUCGCUUCCGGGACCCCGAGAAAUUGGCGACCAAGUUGGCAUUGACAUUUUCGAUGUGUUCGAUGGUGUUGGGACCAGGUUCUCUGUUUUGCAUGCAGUGGACGCGGCCACGAGAUUUCAGAUGGCAGUUCUCGUGGAGCGGAAGGCCAGCGAAGAGGUUGUGAACUUCAUUCGUGAGCGCUGGGCUCCUGUUUUCGGAGUGCCUCGUACCUUGGUAUGCGACCAAGGAAGGGAGUUCAUUAGCCACGAGCUGGAGGACUUCGCCAGCGGGGUGAACAUGCACUUGUACCACAUUGCCGUCGGCGCCCCCUGGCAGAACGGCCUUUGCGAGCGCACGGGCGGGAUACUGAAGACUUUGGUGAGUGCCUGUGUGGCGGCUCGCUCUCUGAUGGGCACCGAGGAGAUGAAAAUAG